AUGACACGUGUCAAAGUGUUCUUCGACAUCACUAUCGGAGGAAAGAAAGGAGGAAGAAUCGUCAUGGAGUUAUACAAUGACGUGGUGCCGAAAACCGCCGAAAACUUCCGUGCUCUGUGCACUGGAGAGAAAGGAACUGGGAAAUCGGGGAAGAAAUUACAUUUCAAAGGAUCCAAAUUUCAUCGAGUCAUUCCUGAAUUCAUGAUUCAAGGAGGUGAUUUCACUGCUGGAAACGGAACAGGCGGAGAAUCGAUUUACGGAGAGAAAUUCGAUGAUGAGAACUUCAAAGAGAAACACACUGGACCUGGAGUUUUGUCAAUGGCCAACUGUGGUGAGAACACAAAUGGCUCGCAAUUCUUUUUGUGUACUGUCAAAACUCCAUGGCUGGACGGCAAACAUGUCGUGUUCGGAAAAGUGAUCAAGGGGAUGGAAGUUGUGAAAUUGGUCGAAUCGAAAGGAUCUGAUGAUGGUACUCCAUCAGCUGCCUGUGUGAUUGCUGAUUGUGGAGAACUCAAGUAA